AGCAGGAAGCAGCGACAGAGAGGUUUUGCCUAUGGGGACAUUUGCCCAUCACCCAUGGGGACAUCCCCCAGAUGAGUUUGGGGAAGCUAGAAGAGCCUCCAUGGGUGCCUGAGGUAGCCGUCACAUCACACCUGGAGCAGGGCAGCUGCUGGGAUGCUCGUGCUUAUGCUCGUGCCCAGCACGUGCCCCAGCUCCUGGGAAGUGAUGGAGGUGGUGGCCUCGGUGACACAGCCCUGAGUCACGUCCCAGGCUGCAGGUGAUGCCUGGGACACAGAGCCAGGAUUACAGCAAGCCCAGCCCUGUGGGUCCCUGAGGGGUGUUUGGGGCACAGCACCCUGCCUUAAAAAGCCCUGACCCUGCCCUCAUCCCAUCUUCAUCCCAUCCCUCAGCAACAGCGAUGGCAACGCUCUACCCUUCGCUGGAGGACAUGAAGGGCCACCAGGUCCUGCAGGCUCAGGCGGCUGCUGGGAUCAGCACCCCUGCCACCACGGUGCUCACCGAGAAGCCGAAGCUCCCGGAGAAGCCAAAGGUCACCUCCAGCACCGUGCCCUCAGCACCACCUGCACUGUACCCCAACCUGGCUGAGCUGGAGGAUUACAUGGGGCUGGCGCUCUCCAGCGAAGAGAUCCAGAAAAACCUCUUCCCAGAAAGCAGCACUGCGCUGACCCCCAUCGGACCCCAGCCGGGGCAGCUGGUUGCCCCACUGAGUGGGAACAGUGCGGGGCUGCGGCGGGCAGAGAUCAAACCAGGUGUGCGGGAGAUCCACCUCUGCAAGGAUGAGCGGGGAAAGACGGGGCUGCAGCUGAAGAAUGUCGACCAGGGGAUCUUCGUGCAGCUGGUGAAGUCCAACUCUCCGGCGGCGCUGGUGGGGCUGCGCUUUGGUGACCAGAUCCUGCAGAUUGAUGGCAAGAAUUGUGCAGGCUGGAGCAGUGACAAGGCACAGCGGGCACUGAAGAAGGCGUCCCCGGAGAAGAUCGUCAUGGUGGUGAGGGACAGGCCAUUCCAGCGCACUGUCACUGUGCAUAAGGACAGCACUGGGCACGUGGGUGUCGUGGUGAAGAAGGGGAAGAUCGUGUCUCUGGCCAAGGACAGCUCUGCUGCCCGCAAUGGGCUCCUGACACACCACUACAUCUGUGAGGUCAAUGGUCAGAACGUCAUCGGCAUGAAGGAUAAGCAGCUGAUGGAGGUGCUGGCGGGAGCAGGGAACGUCAUCACUCUGACCAUCAUCCCCGCUGUCAUCUAUGAGCACAUGGUGAAACGGUUGUCACCAGGACAGAUGAAGUCGUCCAUGGACCACUCCAUCCCCGACCUCUGAUGUCCUCACUGCUGUUCCAGCACCCAGGGGCACAUGUUGGUGCAGCCUCCCCACAGCCGAGCCUGGAAGAGGUGAGGGGACUCAAAGGAAAUGCUGGAGGUUCCCCUUCAGCCCCAUAAAAAGAACCCACGGGAGCUACUGGUGCAGCACCAUCCCAUGUCACCCAGCUCUCAGCACAUGGACCAGGGUUGGGGAACGUGCCCCUGCCCCCAGUGCCUCUCCUUGUCCCCAUGUCCCCCCCAUACCCUCCAUAUCCACCCCAGGGCAGAUGCCCAAGGCCGUCUCCAGCGAAGCAGACACAGACCCAGCGACGUUUAUUACAUCCACUGCAGUACAGGACAGCGGAAACGAGAGAAGGGGCUUAGGAAGGGGAGGAGGUUUACAUCUCUGUUGGGUUUUUUCUUUUUUUCCACUUCUGUAUUUAAAAAAUAUAUAAUAUAGCUUUGUCUUUCAAA